GUCGGACAUGGGACUAUUUAACCCUGUAGUUAUUUGACUCGUCGUUCUGCGGUGCUGUACAUGUAAUGCAAAGAAAACAUGAAAUAGCUUAGAUAAUGUACAUAUCAUUAUAGUUCUGCACAGCGGCAGCCACAGUGAGUCUACGCAAAAUAAAUAUUUCCCAUUUUCUCUUUGUUUAAUCUGAAUGAUCUAACUUGGUUUACUGUAGACCGAGUGGGUGGGUGGAGUGAGUACAGUAUCUGCUGUAUAACAAGAAGAUGGCGAGCGGGGUUGGAAAACACAAGUUGCUCUCCAUGGGGCCAACUGAGCCAUGGUCGGUGAGGGAGAAGCUGUGCUUGGCUACCUCUGUCAUGAAGAGCGGGGACCAGAACUGGGUGUCUGUCAGUCGAGCCAUCAAACCAUUUGCAGAGCCAGGACGACCCCCUGAUUGGUUCUCACAAAAGCACUGUGCUUCCCAGUACUCAGAGCUCCUGGAGACAACAGAGACCCCAAAACGGAAACGUGGUGAGAAAGGUGAGGUGGUGGAGACGGUGGAGGAUGUGAUAGUCCGCAGGCUCACGGCAGAGAGGAUUGAUGAACUGAAGAGACUGAUCAAAGACACACAGGAGAAGCACAGGAAGCUGAAGACUGAGGCAGAGCUGAUCCAAGCCGGGCACCUGGACUCCAAGCUAGAGGAUCUAUGGGGAGAGAUUGUGCAGAAGAAGAAACAGGAACAGGACGAGGCAGACGUGAAAAGGAAGGUCACUGACACAGCCUAUCUAGCCAGACAGGCGGUGAAGAACACCCCUAAAAGAGUGCCCAGUGUGACCGUGCGCUCUCCCCUGGGGUGCGGCUCGCCAAGCCUCGAGUUCUGCCAAGGGGACACACCCCAGAGCACACCCGAGGACCCCAGCACCUCAGUGACUGCACCAGGAGUAGCAGGGUUCAUGCCCCUGACUGAGGCCUGUGGGCUGGGUGGUGCAGAGUCAGGCCUGGGCACUCUUCUGGAUGAAUCCCCACAAAAGAAGCUCUUGGGCCAGAAAGCCACGCCGCCACCAUCCCCUCUCCUCUCUGAGCUACUGAAGAAAGGCAGUCUCCUACCCACAAGCCCCAGACUGGUUGGAGAUGGUGACCUGCCUGGUAAUAUGACAAUAGCACAUGACCUACAGCUCACAGGCUCUGUUCUGUUUGGCAGUCUAGCAACAGGUGCCCCUACACUUUCUCGUCUGCUGGAGGCUGGGCCUCAGUUUUCAACUCCGCUGGACUCCUUGGCCAGCAGCACAGACUCCUCCAGUGUCCUUCUCACUGCUGCUUCACCCCCCACUAUGGACUCCCCCGCCUCACUACACACAGGAGGGAAUGAGGUGGGGGCCUCCCAGCCUGGCCCAGGGGAUGAGACAGAAGAAGACCUAGCGACGGUGUCCUACAUGGCAGAAGAAUUGGACCUGGAGACAGUGGGGGACAUCAUCGCCAUCAUCGAGGACAAGGGUGAUGAGAAUACUGAGGCUUUGGAUGCGGCUGCAGUGGAGGCUGCUCUGUCCCUGUGUGAGGAGACAGGCCAUGCCCUGUCUGGCCAUUGGGAGCCAGGGCCCUUCAAGUCCCCUGAGUCUGACCCUUCUGGGUCCUCACACCUCUCCUCCUCACACCUCUCCUCCCUCGCUGGCAGUCUGGAGGUGAAGAGGGAGGUCCUGCAGUUACGGGGUGGGACCUCUGCAUGUGACAGCCAGGACAACUGUCCCUCAGGGUACCCACACCCCCUGGGCAUCAGCGGCCUUCCUUCCUCCUCCUGCUCGUCUAUGAUGCUGGAGCACAGCCAGGCUAUUGGGGCUCGUCUGCAGCCUGGGGCCAUGGGCGGGGCCGAUGGGGAGGGAAGCCCAGUCUCUCCUCACGCCACCAUCAGGUGUGAGAGUGAAGAGUGGACGCAGCAAGGAGUUGCACAUGCAGACUCCGAGGAUGGCCCCAUGACAAGAAGACAUUCCAAGGACGUGAAGGAGGAAGAGGGGGUGAGUGACGGAGAGGAGGGGAGUGCCUCAGAGACUAAAGAGGGCCUGGAUGGGGAUGGGGGGGAUGAGGAGGGGGACGGAGCAGAGGCCUACCUGUCGGAGGCAGAGGGGGAGACCGAGCUGGAACCCCCAGCCAGUGAGAGUGAGGACGGUUACAGUCUGCACACAGCCUCCUCCUCUCUGCAGCUCCACACCACUGCAGACUCUAUCCCCAGCAGCCCUGCCUCCUCCCAGUUUUCAAUGUGCAGUGAGGACCAGGAGGCCAGACAGGCUCAGAAGAUCUGGAAAAAAGCCAUCAUGCUGGUAUGGCGUGCAGCUGCCAAUCAUAGGUAUGCUAAUGUAUUUCUGCAGCCUGUGACUGAUGACAUUGCCCCAGGGUACCACAGUAUUGUUCACAGGCCCAUGGACCUGUCCACCAUUAAGAAGAACAUUGAGACCGGUCUGAUCCGUACCACGGCAGAGUUCCAGCGGGACAUCAUGCUGAUGUUCCAGAACGCGGUGAUGUACAACAGCUGUGACCAUGACGUGUUCCACAUGGCUCUGGAGAUGCAGAGGGACGUCCUUGAACAGAUUCAGCAGUUCCUGGCCACACAGCUCAUCAUGCAGACCUCCGAGUCGGGCGUCAGCGCCAAGAGCCUGAGGGGCCGAGAGAGCACCCGCAAGCAGGACCCCUCGGACAAGGACAGUGUCCCCAUGGCCUCUCCUGCCUUCCUUCUCUCUCUCUUUGAUGGGGGCACCAGGGGGCGCCGUUGUGCCAUAGAAGCUGACCUGAAGAUGAAGAAAUAAGCUGCAGGGAAGCAGCUGAAGACUGGAAUAAGUCUGUCUGAUUGGUGUCCUCCGUGGUCAUGUCCCACUUGAUUACGCUAACGAAGGACACCACAGUCGGGGUCAAUGUCGUUUCAUGUCCUGUCACUUCAAUUGGACAUGGCGUGUCUCGCUGAGAGAGCCAUUCCUGAAUUGCAGUUUAGAGAAAAACGCAACGACAGCUGGGCGAUAGACAAAAAUCUAUCCAUGAUAAAAAAAAAAUACCAUGAUAAAAUAGAAUACGUUUAUAACAUUAAUGUGCAGCAGUUCUUUAUUACCUUAACUACGAGUACUUUGAAUGUUGUAGCUAUCAAUUGUCCCAUUUAACUAUCACCCAUAUUAGCAGACUCAUUUAAUUUCAAACUUCACAUUUCUCCAGUAUAGGCUUCUUAUCGUAAUGAAAGACAUAAACAAAAAGUCCACGAUAAGUGGUCGGUUCAGUCGGUGUCGAUCAUUUCCGGUUUAUCGUCCCAGCUCUAAACUCACCCCCAGCACUGAGAAUCACUUAUACCCCAACUCCUGAAUGUGUCAACAGAAAACAUAGACCUUGCAUUGUGUAUGUCAAUUGUUUUGAAGUCCUCUGUAUAGUAUUGUACAGGCAUGUCCCUUGUGUACAUAUGGUGACCCAAUAAAUAUUUGUCGCAA